AUGAAGUGGUUUGAAGGGGUCAUUGCCCUGGCAGAAGAAAAGGGUGUUCUAAACUAUAUUGAUAUGAAUAUUACAGAAGAUGAAGUUCAAAGGUUAGGACCAGAGCCAGAGGAUGACGAAAUCCAACCUAAACCAAGAUGUAUUGAAGGAGAUGAUGAGGAAACGCAUUGUAUGAACGAGCGUAUUCGCAGGGAAUGGAGAGAUGAUGUUGAAAUGUUCAAGAUGCGUCAGACCAAAUAG